AUGGCGAGCUCCAAUCCUUAUGGCACUGGCAGAUUCAAGAUCAACGUGAACAGGGUCAAGUCGAAGAAAUGGAAAGACGCGGAUAAGGUGGACUACGGUGGUGGUUGGGGCGACGACGACGACUCUGACGAUGGGUAUGACGAGCCAGCGCCAGUGUCAGCAGACAACCCCCGGCAUCCUGCCUGGAACGCGCCCUCCAAUGCAUAUCCCUCCGAUCGAAGCGUCACCAAUCCAUCUCCUUCUCGUGGCGGCCAGAGACCAUCCUUCGAUCAGGGCGACGAACGCAGGCAUUUCUCCUCUGCUGGAAACUUCGAUUCACCAUAUCCGACAUCACAGCGAUCACCUUUUCCCGAACCUCAACACGACGAUCCACUUCCUGCGCCCAGUUAUGGCAUGCAAUCACCUCUCCGUCUGAACACACAAGGUAUGGGUGCUACACCCUCAGACUUUCGACCAGGUUCAAGAGGAAGACAAUAUCCACCAUACGAAGAUGUGCCCAUGUCAGCGCCAGGAGCUUUCCCGCACCAACGGCGAUCAGGCUCGAGCCAUCGUCCCCCUCCCGGAGACUUUUACGCACGGCAUGAGAGUCCUAUGAGACCCGAGAGUCGUUCUUCCAUUUCCUCACAUAGACAGUUUCCUCCGCGCAAGCAAAGCCUGAGCCAGCAGCCGCCUACUCUCGAUUUCACGCAGGACAGGUACUCGCUCGCACCUUCCCAUGCCUCAGGCACGGCAACAGCUACCAGUGCCAACGACGACCGUCCCCCGCCAGUAUUGAUCCGGCCCUCAGACAUAUACAAACGUAUGGCAGAAGAGAUGGAAAAAGCACGCAAGUCACACGACUCCUCACGGUCGAGUACUGCUUUAGAAGCAAACCGUGCCAGGGAAGAUUCUGUUGGUGCUCGCUCAACGGCAUCAGAGACAAAGGAACUGACGGGCAGCGCGCAGCCAAAUGCGGAGGAUUCUGAUUCCACGCGACGCCUCAAACCGACUCUAGACCCUGUUCCUGAGCGGAAGAGCGAGUAUGGCUUUGAGAACCUGCUCAAGUCAACAAGCCAUGAUAGUGCACAGCCAGAGGAGCCAAAAAUUGAAGAAACGCCUGUGGGAGUCUCAAGACAUGGAACGGAUGCAUCCUCGGUCUACACCGAUCGCCCAGACCCGGUUUCUGCGUCUACCCUGUCUCGUAAUGUGUCAAUGGCAUACGACACACCGGCUAGACAGUCAUCGUCUAACAACAGACCGAGCUUUGGCUUACCACCCAUCGGCAGAAUCUCUGGUUUCGGUGUGGACAUAGGUUUAUCUGAUAACACAACGUCUAACUCCACGCCAGAAUCGCGGCAACCGGCCGGAGAUGCGCCGCCUCAAGUUCUUCCAGGAGGUCUAGAGCCCAGUGAAAGUGACGAGCCAGAUGUCAAGGCUCUGCAGCAUCAGCCUACUAUGGGAUACACAUCCGUCGUCCAUCAAGCUUUCGAUCGGAGCCAGCAUCAAGAACCCCUUACCCACUCAUCCACAUCGAGCACGGUCGAUCGUUCAAACAGUGCUUCGACCGCCGAUAUCAGCCCCAUCAUUGGCCGGAAGCCGGAAGCAGCUCCUACAAAUAGAGCUACACGGACCACCCAUCCUGUUAUUUCCCAGGAAUCUUCACAAGGAGAAACACCACCGACAUCGAUCACCACAUCGCAACCUACAGAAGUGCCUCUCGCCCAGAAUGACGAGCUUCCGGUAGCCCCAGUUGUACGCCCUGGUUAUCGUAGAGACGUCACGCCUCCAGGUCGAGACAACAGUCCGGCAAAGAAGCCCCUAGAAGUUGAGCCACGAGGUCUUGUGCCACCACAUCAUGGCUCACUUGUGGAUGAACAGCCUGGGUCUGAGGAGCACGCUCGAGGUAGAGCACAGAGUGUUAAAGACAAGCCGCUCCCGGCCGAGCCGACUUUAGAAGCGUCAACCCCCAAAGCUGGUACUCCUUUAGCGAUAGCGCGCGCAGAGUCUCCUCUGAAGGGCACGGUGCGUGGGCUCGCAGAUAAACUGGAGUCGUCCUCAGGAAGAUCGUCCCCGAGCAAUUCUAGCAUUCAGGUGCCGUUGCCUGGUCUUUCUCAAGGACGCCCUCCACCUCUUCAAGCACGGCUCGAUAGCUUUCGGCCAGUGAUCCCUGGUGGUUGGCAGUCAUAUACCUCUUCUGCAGCCUCGGGAACACCUGGUCCAGGUACUCCUGGUCAACGAGGCAUGACUCCGCCUCGAGCUCCCUUCGCUCAAACACGAGCAGAAAGUACAGAAAGCGUGCCAACGGCCCACGCUCCCACUGGUAGGGCUUCUCAUGAUGAUAGUGUAACCCAGAGAGCUUUUGCCGCGGCUGCUUCUGCUGGAAGUGCUCUUGCUGGCGCCUUAGCUGGCAAUCGACUGAGCGAACGCGAUCACAGUUCCUCGGCACAGCCUUCGAAGGAAGAGAGCGAGGACGAAUGGGACCAAUCGAGCUCGUCCAGCGACGGAGAUGCAGAUCCUCCUGCAUCACAUCAACUGCUGGGUGAGCAGAGGACUGAACAGCGUAUUCACCAUUCGCCUGUAAAUCCACCACCAGCCGGUAUAAAUUCAUCAAGCGGUACGCCCGAUCAAGCUCAGUCGUUAGCAGAUUCUACUCCUCUAUCUGUUGCGACGUCGAGUGAAGCAGACGUACCUCAGUCAACCCUCGACUACUUCCCAGCGCCGCUGCGGACUAGCCGCUCGAUUGACCCUUCCAGUCCCCGUCCAGCCUUGCCUGACGCCCCAAUCGCACAAGAAACUCCAGACAAGAGUGAAAAUGAGCGAUUGCAGCAGGAAAUCGUCAAAAGCCUGACACCAAAGUCGUCGAGUUCAGACAUUGAAGCGCCGGCACAGGAUCACCAGCCUCUGGCUCACCCAGAACUGUCGACCUAUCGAGCAGUCACCACUGUAGGGGCCGGCCCUCAGAGCACCAUCCCCGCUCCACACUCCCUCCCGUCGCACCUGAUCGAAGGGCCUCAAUCAACAACUGUGCCUCAGUCCGACACGAACUCAGUGACAGAAGACGCAACUACACGACCUCCUCCACUGCGGAUCGUUCCGCACCAGCCGGCCGAAGCUGGGCUGUCCAGCGAGGGUAUUUCAGUGACGAACGCCUAUCGCGCCUCUGAUCAAGCGAGGCCAGUGCCUGCCCAACCGAGAACUGCGCUUCACGAACAGCCAGCUGUUUUUGCGAAACCCGAUUCAGUUCUUCCGGGAACUCAACAACCACAGCCGCUUGUUGAACAAGGACUCCCAUCAUCUAGCCAACCUUUCUUGCAAAAGCGCUUCUCUUGGGAGACUGGCAGCUCACCACCGGGCUCUGCGUCGACACCCAAAGCGACCAGUCCACCCUCCACUGGGUCACCCGAUACCAUAAGAGCUCCGUUCCAACAUGCACCAGGCUCUUCGGAAGUCACCCCACCUAGAGCGGAUUUCAACCAACCUUCGACUAGGCAAGCGACUUCGCCAAUACAGCAGUCAGUGCAGUCAAUACAGGCUUCCACGGAUGCUCCUGCACAGCAACCAGCGAAAUUGUUGCAGGACGUCCAGACUGUGCAAUCUCCGCAAAGCACCAAUCCCACGCAGCACUCUGGGAUUUUGCCGACCAAUACAAACCACUCCCAGAUCUCGCCAACGCUCAACGAGCCUCCCACUUUCCGCACAAUUCUCAACCUUGGUUCACCUGCAGAGCGAAUAAAGGCGUUUGACGAGAGCAGGCAGUUUUAUGCAACGCCGAAUGAGCAGCUCCAGGACUGGCUGAUGUCGAUGAAGACUGCCGAGAAUGCUGACUUGUUCGCCACCAACGGUCGGCUUUCCCUUGACACCGCCGACGGCAACGCUUCGCACAGGCCUUCACCCAGGCGGAUUCUCACCGAGUCGGCGAGCGCCAGGCACAUGCAAGAGGAUGGAAAGAAGCUCAUGGCAGCAGCUGGUCGCUUUGGAGGGAAAGCAGGGCACGCUGCAAAAGGACUAUUUGCAAAAGGCAAGGAGAAAAUGCGCAAUACGAGCAUGAGCGAAAAGGUAGCCCGUUGA